GCCUCGCUCCUCGAGCCCACCAUGCCGGCAACGGUCAACGAUUCCACCGCUCUCAUCCAGCUCGAUGUCUUCCAUCAAUUGCACUGUCUGAACUCCAUCCGGAAAUAUGUCUUCCAGCCCGUCGACUGGCGGAACGACAACACGACCGACCAGGCGGCGCUGACCUCCUCUCCAGAUCACUGCAUUGAGUACUUGCGGCAGGCUCUCAUGUGCCACAGCGACCUCUCGGUGAUUGUGCAUUCCCCGCGCGUGCCACCCCCGGGGCCCGAGUAUCCCAUCUGGAAGGCCAACUUCUCCACCCAGCAUACUUGUCGGAACUUUUGGAAGAUUCGCGAGUGGGCCAAGCAGUACAAUACAUCGGGGUUUGAGAUUGAAAGAUGGCAUGAUGCGGAAUUUGCGUGA